AUGUCCAACCAAACCUCGACGACAGAUUUUCUGCUCUUGGAAUUCUCCAGUGUCCGAGAACUACAGAUUGCACAGUUCAUUGUGUUCCUGUCACUUUAUUUGGCUACAGUUGCAGGAAAUCUUCUCAUCAUUUCUGCAGUAGCUCUUGAUCAUCGCCUUCACACCCCUAUGUACUUCUUUCUGACAAACUUAGCUGUGACAGACCUUGGCUCUGUUUCUGUCACCGUACCCAAAUCCAUGGCAAAUUCUCUCAUGAAUAGCAGGGAGAUUUCUUAUGUUGGAUGUGUUACUCAGGUCUAUCUCUUUCUGCUUUUUGCAGGAUCAGAUUAUGCCCUCCUCACCAUCAUGGCACAUGAUCGGUAUGUUGCUAUUUGCAAUCCACUACGCUAUGAGGCAAUUAUGAACAAAGCAGCCUGCAUCCAGAUGGCAGCCAGUGCAUGGCUAAGUGGUCUUCUCUAUGCUGUAUUGCACACUAGCUGCACCUUUGCCAUGAAAUUUUGUUCCAAUAGUGUUAAUCAGUUUUUCUGUGAGCUCCCUCAGCUGUUAAAGAUCUCUUGCUCUAAGUUAUACCUACUUGAAAAUGCUUUUCUUGUUUUAAGUGUUACCGUAGCAUUUGGUUGCUUUAUCUUUAUAGUAGCAACUUAUGUGAAGAUCUUCUCUACGGUGCUGAGAAUGCCCGCAUCACAAGGAAGGCAAAAGGCUUUCUCUACUUGCCUUCCCCACCUCAUUGUUUUCUCCAUGCUCCUUUUCACUGGAACACUUGUCUACCUGAGACCUAUACCUCAUGUCUCCUCACAUACAAAUAUGUCUUUUGCGGUCAUAUACUCUGUGGUUCCACCCAUGAUGAAUCCAGUGAUCUAUAGCAUGAGGAAUAAAGAUAUUAAGGUUGCCAUGUCCAAACUAUUAGGCUUGAAGUAG